AUGGUGAGCACCAGGCGAGCGGCGGCGGCGCGGCGCCAGGAGCAGGGGCCGCGGGCAGGCGGCGGCGGCGGCAGCCCCAGCCCCGGCGGUGCCGAUGCCGAUCCCGGUCCCCGUGCGGCGGAGGUGGGAUCUGCUGAAAUUAGUACUCCUGUAAUUAGGAAGAUGACUAAAAGACCUAAAUCUGUUCGUAAGGCAGAGGUGAUUCAGGAAUGUCAGUUUGAGGAGUUGGAGCAUGCAGAAAUGAAACCAGAUAUCAGUGAUGGCUCCGAGAUGCAGAUCGCUAGGAAUGAGAACACAGUUGGUCAGUCAGCACAAUCAGUUGCUGAACCACAGGUUGAUGGUGAUGUAUCAGAGGCAGAAUCAAACUGCUCUUCUGUGUCUGGUCUCCAGACACCUUUGUAUGUAAGAAUAACACGAAGGCGACAAAUUGUAAUUCCUUAUCAACUGGAUUCUGCUGACAAAAAAAGACAUGACAAUACAGCUUUUGUAAAUAAGUUAAGUAGGAUUCUGGAUGAAGAUGAUGUCUCUGAAGCUGAGUCUUGCUCCUCUGCUGUUUCUGGUGUCCAGAUGCUUAAUGUUCCCACAAGUACAAGGAGCAGACAAAGUAAAAAGAAAUUGCAGCCAGAUAGAGUUCAUGAAGCCCAAAGUGAAGAUGUUUCUGAUGCAGAAUCAUGUUGCCUAAGUUCUCAUAUGGAACCAUCUGUCACUACCAAACGAAUUACUAGGAGCAUGCAAAUGAAAUCACAAGCAGAAAAUACUAAGCAGACUGAGAAAAAAAGUAGAUUUGUUUCAGAAAAUGAGAAUUUAAUUGAGGACACUAUUAAAUCUGAGUGCAUAAUUUCUGAUUCUACACCUACUGCAGAACUUGUCAGUGACACAAAAGAUGCUUCCACCCUCUUUGACAGUAAUAAAAAAGCCAGUUCACCUAAAAGCAAAUGUGCUUCCAAAUGUGCUGAUGCAACCCAGAGUCAAGACACGAAAGAAGAGAUUUUAAAUGAUGUGACAUCCAGUCUUACAAAAACAAAACCAAGUGACACUAAAUCACCUGUGAAACAAACAAAAAAUAUUACACAGUCUGUUGAGAUAGAUCAUUCAGAAGCAGUAUGUGGCCAAAUAGAAGAAGAUCACAGUAAAAAAAUAAUGAAGGAGGGGAAAUUAGAGCGUGUGGCUGUUUCUUUGACUGACUGCAUGAGUUCCAAACGAUUUCUAGAAUCCCAAGGACAAGUAACACCAAAUGAAAGUAAAAAAAUUCCAGAAUGUGAAAGAGCAGAUGCUGAGGCAGAUGCACAGCAAUCUUUCUCAUGUGAGGAUAAAUUAAGGAAGAGUAAGGGAGCUAGUUCAGUGAGCAGCCCAUUAAAGGACAUGACUGUUGCACAGAAAACUGAAAGCACUGGUAAAAGCAGGAUGCUCAAAAUUGGUGCAGACAGUGGUGACAACCAAACAGAAUAUGAGGUAUCCCACAGCAGUGAAAAACCAAGCAGUGAUAAUGACUCUGUUGUAUUGUUUCUGAGCAACAGUGAAAGUGAUGAUUCUCUAAAUAGUGAUGUGGCAGUCAUAGACACAAUUGAUGAGAAUCUGUGUUAUAAAAAGUCAAAUGAGAGAACACCUUCCCUCAAAAAAUCUUUAAAAAGUGGUUCAAUGCAUGUUGAAGGUCUUUUUGUAAUUGAUACUGAGCCUGGCAUGAGUUCCAGCCAAAAGUAUUACCUGGAUGAUGUAGACCAUGACAGUGAUGCUGAAAGUAAGCAUGAAGGAGGUGGAAAAGAUAAAGAAUCAGACUUGGAAGAGGAUGAAGAGGAAUUGAUAGAUGAAGACGAAAAAGACGAAGAUGAUGAUCUGUUGAAAAAUGAGGUUGAUGUUUUGCAUCUUUCCAGUAGCAUUGACCCUGGUUUGAAUAUCAAGAAGCUUGGAGGUUUAUAUAUCAGUUUUGAUGCAAAAAAUCAGAAGCCUAGAUCGAGUGUUACUGAACCACUGAAGAAGAACAAGGACCAGCUCUUGCAGAAGAGUGUAAUAACUCCAGACUUUGAAAGAAAGGAAUGUGUCCCACCCUACAGGGAAUCACUUCACCAGCUAAAGAAACAGCGCAGGGCAGAGCGAGAGAAAACAACAGGUGAUGGCUGGUUUGGUAUGAAAGCCCCAGAAAUCACAAGUGAACUGAAAAAUGAUCUUAAAGUUUUGAAGAUGAGAGCUUCGUUGGACCCUAAGCAUUUCUAUAAGAAAAAUGAUAGAGAUGGUCUCCCCAAGUACUUCCAGGUUGGAACUGUAGUUGAUUCUCCCAUAGACUUUUACCACAGUCGAAUCCCUAAGAAACAGAGGAAGAGAACAAUUGUGGAAGAGCUGCUUGCAGAUUCAGAGUUCAGAAGAUAUAAUAAAAAGAAGUAUCAGGAGAUCAUGAGUGAAAAAGCAGCUUUUGCAGCAGGGAAGAGGAAUCGCAAGAAGAAGAAAUUUCACAAUUAAGAAUUGAAGAAAAAUACCAAGCUGGAACAACUUAUUUGUUAUAAAACUUUCUUACAGAA